AGACAGAAGCUAGCAAAGAUCAUAGACCGUCUCCCUGAGAGCUUCGCUCCUAGUACAGUGGCUAUACCGCCUCGGCACGUUUCUUCCCGUCCCUAUGUUUCCGCGGUCACGCCGCAGUUUGGGUGUCGUAGUCCCUGCUCUCUGGUACGCGGGAUUUUGCUGCACGCAGGUGUUUACAGCUCGCGGCGAGGAGGCGAGCGGCGCGAGAAAACUCGUGAAAGGGCUGUCUCAGCGUUUUGGAGGUGGCAGAGCAGGAAGGUAUCACCCUGCCGACAACGAGGUAAACACGCUAGCAAGGGGCGAAACAGGAAACGACAUAGAUGCUAAGCCAGUUACAAACCAAGCACUAACGAGAGUGCUGGAUCGCGUUUACACGGAGUUUCCGGUAAAAGUGCGACAAUGGUUUGGCACCUGGAAUCAAAACGCGGUAGAGGCAGAGAAAACCGGGGUCCAGCCAGCCGGGUUCCAGGUAGCCCUGACUAAUGUCGUCAAUCUGGCGUCGGUCAUACCAGCGAGUGUUUUGCAGGAGACGCGCAAAGCUACGUCGACCGAUCGGGAGCUUCAGGCGGCACUCUCGCAGCUUAAGGCAACGGAUGCUGUGGAAUACCUGAACAACGUCAACUUGAAGGACAAGUUCUCCUUGGAAUUUCCCUCCAACACAGGGGACGCGUUCCACAACACGUUCCAGUGGUCUUUGUCGUCCGACUUGUUGAACGACCCCAAAAAACGAAUAGAUGGUACAAACUCAGUUCGAGUUGAAUUUUCAUCAAAAACAGUCUUCGCAGAUUUGUUUUCUUUCUCACGACUCGGUGUGGGAAGACACAAACCCAUCAACAACUUUGCAGCCCUUGCAGUGACAGAGGGGAGUAUCGUGCUGAAACUCGUCACGGACCAGAAGGAGGCUUCAAGCUUCGUCAACCUCUCGCCGCACCCGGCCGUGGACGCCGGACACGUCCUUUCUUUCCCACAAGCGACGGCUUCCGGCGCGACGGUCGCGGACAUCGGCUCCUCCAGCACCAUCGAGCUCGUGCCGGGAAAACAGGAAAACAAACCCGCGCCGGUGAAGAGCAGGGACGAGGCGACUGGCGGACCGACGAGUGUCACGACGAAGCGCAGCGCGCAGCUGCUCCGGGGCGGCAGGCCCUCUUCCCAAACGCCCUCCCCCCCCCUUCCUUGUCGUCCGUCUUCGUUGGGAUGUUGGAGCUCCCGCAGAUCGGGAUGGCGCACUUGGUACACAAAGAAUUCCGUUUUAACGUGUACGAUUCGGACUACUCAGUUUUUCCAACACCCGUCGCGUUUGUGUAAUAUCCGGCAUAUUAAAUUAAGAAACACAAAUCAAAUCUUUACAGA